GUCAGCAUGGGUGCCGACUUAUUAAGUUUUGCGUACGCUGCCACUGUUGCAGCUGGAGGAAUACUUGGCUAUGUAAAAGCGGGUAGUGUACCUUCCUUGGGUGCUGGCUUACUGUUUGGUGGAAUACUGGGGUAUGGAGCAUACCAGAUUUCACAGGAUCCCAAUGAUUACCACAUUCUUCUGGGCACAAGUACUGCCCUUGGAGGAUUAAUGGGAUACCGUUUCUACAACUCUGGGAAAUUUAUGCCUGCAGGAUUAGUGGCAGCUUUGAGUGUUGCCAUGGUCCUCAGAAUAGGAGCACAGAGAGCUGGUCUCGUUGGAAUAAAGAAGUAAACUAUAUCAGUGGCAUUCCUUGUAGACAUUUUUUUAAAUCUUUUUCUACAGAUUCAGCUAAUUUUUUGUUGUUAUCAAGAAUGUUUAUGUGAACUUUUGCAAUAAAUUAUUACAAGUA